CUAUAACACCACAGAAAAACAUAUUUUCUAGGAGACCGCAGCAUACACAGCAGAAAAAACAGUUCGGUCUUACAAAUCCAUAUGGAUCAUUGGAUGGUCUGCGCACUCUGAUUGUGAUCAGAUUGGGGAAGAGCAGAGCAAGUAGCACUAUAAGAGAUCCCCUCUCCGCCCAGCUACCAUUAAACACAAUCAUCUGCCUAUUUCCCUUCGCACUUUACUUCCACGCCAGGAAGAAACAGAGAAUCCGGUAAUCCACCGUCACAACUUUCACAGACCGCAAAAAUCACCAUGAAGCUCAACACUCUAUUUGCAUUCGCCCUUGCGGCCACUGUCAGCGCCGCCCCGCUCCACGAACCCCGAGAACAACCCCACAACCAAAAAAAUGAUCAGUAUGAGUAUCGACCAGUCACGAAACUCGACGAAGGUACACUUCAGGUGACUGACAAUGACGACCCACCUAAACACACCCCACACGUAUACGAAUCAAAGAACUGGUCAGGAGCUGUACUCAAGAACCAACCUGAAGAGAGAUACAUAUACACUUCAGUUCGCGGCCGUUUCACCGUACCGAGCGUACAAUACCAUGGCUCGCACCACAAGGACGAAUCCGCUGCUAUUUGGAUCGGCAUAGACGGCUUCCCGGACGGCACAUCUAUGCUGCAGGCAGGCGUCAGCAUAACCGUCCCCGAAAAAGGCCCCGUCAAGUACGAGAUCGGCGUGGAGUGGUACCCGGAGCCCCUUCAGAAGCUGUCGUAUUUCCCCAUUCACGCGGGCGAUGUCAUCAGCAUCGACAUUGUGGCAAAUACGUCCACCACGGGUACUAUAAUUGUGGACAACGAGUCGAGAGGCGAGCUCGCUAGGAUACCGAUGCAGGCGCCGGCCAAGGAACCGGGUGAAAAUUACUGGCUUAUGGGGCAGAGUGUGGAGUGGAUUGUGGAGGAUUUCCAACACCCUCUGGCUAACUUCAGUGAGGUUGUUUUCUACAAUGCAAGUGCCGAGACCAGCUUCUACGAGACUGUGACGCUGUCGGAAGCUGAUGUCAUUAUACUCAAGCCGCGGCAAUCUGAAUCUCUUAGUCAGGUAUCCAUUGAUUCCGACUCGCAGCUUACAGUCAGGUAUCGUGGUUGA